AUGACAAAAGUCGACUUCAUUAACAACAAUCGUGGCAUUGACAAGGGUGAAGAUGUUGCCACUGCCCUCCUUGAUGGCAUCUACAAUCGGGUGGUGGAGAAUGAAUUUCGCACCCUACCCGAUCCAAUUGAUCGACUUAGACAAGUGGAUCGUCUUUUUACGGGUCCCUUAAAACCGGACAAAUUUAUUCAACGCUAUCGUCAAUUUGUGGCGUGGUUUUUGGCAUUAGAAGUGAAUGAUUUUACGGCUAGAAAACCCCUCAUUCCACGACCCACCUCACAAAUACGAUGUCUUUUUGUAUUUAAUGAUAUUUUGGUGGUUACUAAACCUGUUGGUUUAAAUCGAGUCAAUGCUGUGGAUGAUCUCUUGACUGGAGGCAUUCGUGGACGAUCCAGAUCGAUUGAUCGUCUUGUCAAUCGAGUUGGCAGUCCACCCACCUUGGGGGCACGAAGUCCACCAAAUGUGAAUUUGCCUGGUGACACAUCGAGCCUCCAAAAAUGCAACUCAAGGAGUAGUGAUAUGCGAGUCAAUUGUUAUUACUCCACUGACAUUCCUCCCAAUGCCCUUUUCCUCGUUCGACAGGCAAUUCCCCUCCUCGACAUCAAAGUUCUCAACUUUGAAUGUGAAUACUACAAAUUUGGGGUGCAGUUGUGCGAUAAUCUCAACGUUCUCAUUAGCUUUAGCUUACCAUCAAACCAAAUUCGUGAAGUGUUGAUUAGUCGCCUACAUGAGGGAAUUUGGGAGACAAAGGAGGUGAUGAAACACAUCACUGGUGAUUAUCAUCCACCACCUUCUUCACCGGGAUCAAAUGCCUCCACUAUGAGUCGAUCAAGUUGCCUUUGA